AGUAGGCAAAACCAGUUCUGUAGGCGAACUAACGGUAGGAGGCGUGAGCUGGGUUAUCAUGCUGCAUUCAACUGCAGGAUCCGGCAGGGGGCGCAGGGUUGCUGUAGUCUUUUUCGUAUCACGGACCACCCCCUCCUCCACGGCUCAGUCUCCCUGUUGUUGGGGGCGGGGCUGAUUUUGCAGGAUCCUGUUGUGCGAGUAGCAGGAGGAGACGUCACUGUAGAUCCGGAGAAAGAGAGAUUCAGGGCGAAGCUGGUGGUUCCCGGGCUGCACCUUUUGCUCUCUGUGCUUCUCCUCUCCGCCGGCUCAGGCAGGGGAGAGCCAUGUUGUGAUGUGUCUGGACCAUGACUCUUCUGCAGCAGCACGGACCAGCCUAAGCUUCCAGCAGAGCGGGGGUGAAAGGCGCUGCGCACCGGAGUCUCUUCCUACCCAGGCAGCUUUGUGUGCACCCGGCCUGCUUGGGACUCUGUCUCCCGGGAGUGUAAGACUUCGCGCCUCUGCCUUAUUAUAGUUGUUUCCCCUGCUGAAGUUCUGUAUUGAAGCAAUCCAUCAGAACCCUGGAAAACACCUAACGAGACCUUUACACUGAAUAUCUUAUAUCUCAAAUAUGAAAAAAUUCAAGAGAAGGCUUUCACUCACAUUGAGAGGCAGCCAGACAAUUGAUGAAUCGCUGUCAGAGCUGGCAGAACAAAUGACCAUUGAAGAAAACAGCAGUAAAGAUAACGAGCCUAUUGUGAAGAAUGGCAGGCCUCCAACGUCUCACAGUAUGCACUCCUUCCUCCAUCAAUAUACAGGAUCGUUCAAGAAGCCUCCUCUGAGAAGACCCCAUAGUGUAAUAGGUGGAAGCCUCGGUUCGUUCAUGGCCAUGCCAAGGAAUGGGAGCAGACUAGAUAUAGUACAUGAAAACCUAAAGAUGGGAUCAGAUGGUGAAAGUGACCAAGCAUCUGGGACGUCAUCAGAUGAAGUUCAGUCACCAACUGGAGUAUGCCUCAGAAAUCGAAUACACAGGCGAAUUUCAAUGGAGGACCUGAACAAGAGGCUGUCACUUCCAGCUGAUAUUAGGAUACCCGAUGGAUAUUUGGAAAAGCUGCAAAUCAACAGUCCUCCAUUUGACCAACCUUUGAGCAGAAGGUCACGUAGAGCGUCAUUAUCAGAAAUUGGCUUUGGGAAGAUGGAAACCUAUGUCAAAUUGGAAAAACUUGGGGAGGGAACUUAUGCAACAGUAUUUAAAGGACGAAGUAAGUUGACAGAAAACCUUGUUGCGCUAAAAGAAAUUCGUUUGGAGCAUGAAGAAGGAGCACCUUGUACAGCUAUCAGAGAAGUAUCAUUACUAAAGGACUUAAAGCACGCAAACAUUGUCACGUUACAUGAUAUUGUCCACACGGACAAAUCACUGACGCUCGUCUUUGAAUAUCUGGACAAAGAUUUAAAGCAGUAUAUGGAUGACUGUGGGAAUAUUAUGAGCAUACACAAUGUAAAGAUAUUUUUGUACCAAAUCCUGCGUGGCUUGGCUUACUGUCAUAAAAGGAAAGUGCUUCACAGAGACCUGAAACCACAGAACCUGCUAAUAAAUGAAAAAGGCGAAUUGAAAUUGGCUGAUUUUGGUUUGGCCAGAGCAAAGAGUGUUCCAACAAAAACCUAUUCCAAUGAGGUUGUGACAUUAUGGUACAGGCCUCCUGAUGUCCUUCUUGGCUCUUCUGAAUACUCCACUCAAAUUGAUAUGUGGGGCGUUGGCUGUAUAUUUUUUGAAAUGGCUUCAGGAAGGCCUCUGUUUCCUGGUUCUACAGUGGAAGAUGAACUUCACUUAAUAUUCCGGCUUCUAGGAACUCCAGCUGAAGAAAUAUGGACUGGAAUCUCUUCAAAUGAUGAAUUUCGAAACUACAAUUUUCCGAAGUACAAACCUCAACCUCUUAUCAACCACGCACCAAGGUUAGAUUCAGAGGGAAUUGAGUUAUUAACCCGGUUUCUUCAGUAUGAAUCCAAAAAGAGGAUUUCUGCAGAAGAUGCAAUGAAACACGCUUACUUCCGAAGCCUAGGGACUAAAAUCCACAGUUUGCUAGAAAAUAUCUCAAUAUUCAGUCUUAAGGAUAUCCAGCUGCAAAAGGAUCCUGGUUUUCGAAAUUCUUCAUAUCCAGAGACAGAGAAGACUGAAAGCUUGGCUCUAAUGGCAUGGGAUUGAAGGCUAGCACUGCACAGUAAACUUCAAGGUCAUGGGAAGAACAGAAGGCAAAGCAUGCUAUUCUAAGACUUUCUAAUUAUGCCGGCUCCUUGUUAUCGGAUGCUUCGGUGGUCCCGGGACUACCUGCCUACUCUGACCUACCUACAGUGGAGUUGUUUUAUUGCAGGCCAGCGUUUUUUGUUUUUUUUUAAUAUUUGUUGUCACAGUGUGACAAAUAUUGUACAGUUGGUUUUAAGGUCUCCUCUGCUGUUAGAGCCAGUAGGUUACAGCUGUUGAUGUGACUAAAGCUGCAAUUCUUGUGCAGGACUGAAACAUAAAAAAAAAAUGUUAUUUAUUGCGGAAUCAUUGCUGCUAAAUGACUACUGUCCAGAUUUGUACCAUAACAAACAGCUGAACGCCUGAAGAAGUUGCAGUGACUCGAUUAUCUGUGAAUGCGUCUGUCUCCCCCCUCAGAAAAAUCUUUUAUCUUCCUAUCAUUUUUACGUUUUAAUUUUUUUUUUUUAUGAAAUCGCAUUGUUCGUUUAAAUGUUACAUUUGCUUUGCUUAACCUCCAAAACUGGCGGACCACUUAGAAUGUUCCGUAAGUGAGAAAAUGAUUCUGUCCACUUAAAUCAUUCUAUUGGACUUUGAAAUUGCUAAGAAAUGUAAAAAAAGUGAUGAUUUUCCAUCACGCAAGCGUGAAAAUUUCAGUUGGCAAAUGAAUUGCCUUCUCUUGUUGCUAAUUUAUUCAUGUUUAAUAAAGGCAGUUUCAUUGAAGAGAACCACAGAGUGCCUCCUGCACUACGAGUAAAAGGCCCUGUCACUUGAUUCUGCAGGAAAGCAGAGGAAGCCGCGGUGUGUGCGAAACAUUGUCCUUCUCUGCCCAGCAACAAAAACAUAUGUGAGAGAGAGAAUAGUCCCCUAGUAUAUAGAAAUGUUAUCAAAUCUACAUUGAAAAUGUUCUAAUGAUAUGAACCCCAUUUUUGAAUGUGAAGCUCCAUAUCAUACAAAUGCCUUUUGUUGCCAUUUAAGACGCCAUUUUCUUGACAUUUAAUUUGUUGUUCUCUACUACAGUGGAACCUCAGUUUUACAUCCCCUGAUUUUAAGUUUUUCCUCAUUUUACAUUGUUGUUUUGUGGUCCCACCAAUGGGUUAUGCUCAAUACAUUUCUCUGAUUUUACACCGGUUUUUCUGGUCCCCUGAAAAACAUAAAAUGGGGGUUCUACUGCAUAUUCAUUAGAAAGGGUUCAGGCAAACUGUUACAGAUCCGCAUUUCCCAGCAUUCUCUACAACGCUACAACAAGUAGAUGGCAGAAGUUUGUGUAACCAUGCUUUAUAGUAUAUCAACUGACGAACUGGUCAUUUUAUAAAAUCCCAGAGUAUUCUAUAUGGGAAUCCAUUGGGGGUUUCCUUACCCUUAAAGCUGAAUUACUAAGGCAAUAAAAGAGUUUGAUAAUUUUGACUGCGUCAGUAAGUGGCACAACAGCCUUCAUUGAGGACCAAUAAACCAGCCCAGCAGAUAACAGAUCUAUGGGUGAUGGAUCCCACAGAAGUGCAGCCUCCUGCACCCACUGCUCAGUCGCUUAUCAUUCCUGUAAAUAGAAAAGCUUUCCAUUUUAUUCUUAGCCGAGUCUUCUCUAAACUAAAGUUUAGUUAGACCAACAGUCUGCAAUAGCCAAAGAAAUUUUUAUGAGAAGAGACAUUUUUUUCCAGCUCUCGCUUAAGUAACGUGCACAAAGAAGCCUAAAAAUCGAUUCUUUAGAAAUAAAAAUACAAUUGGGAACAAGAUAUGAUAAUACUUGCUGCCCCACCCUUUGGCUUCAAUAAGAUGUGAACUUACGCUUAUGCUUCCAUCUUUGUCCCCCACCUCCCUGCAACUAAAGGCAAUAACUGGCAAAGUUCUGAAACCCCAUUCCCUUUUUUGCUGAUGACUAAUGUACUUUUGGAAGUAUUUGUGCUCACUUAUAUGAACCGAGUUUAGUGCAUUUUUUUUUAUAAAUCUUGUUCAGUUCUGAAAUGUCAUGUUAAUCUCUAGCCGGCGUAUCCCUGAAUGGUCGAGGCUCCUUCAUUGGACAUUCACUGUACAGACAUUCAGGGUCCUACAGUUUCUGCUGAAAACAAAUCUCGUAGUUUAUUUAACAGUAUUACGUGACCUCUUUUUUUUUUUUUUUUUAAUUAUUAUUUCAUUUUUAACUUUAUUUGUGAAUAGUGAUUGUGGAACAAUGUGGGUUUGUUUCAAUAAUAUAACUGAUAACGCGAAAUUGGGAUUUUUCUAUUUUGUUAGAGCGAGGAAGUUUGGCGUGAAAUAGCGCUGAAUUAUUGGACCACUACUACUCUUGGAGAAUUGUAAAUGGGGAUUUAAUUUAAAGCAUCAGAAUCUGUAGUCUUUUAACAAACUGCUGUUUAUUUUCAACUGACAAGCCUCUAUUAAUAUUGUACUUUUUGGAAGUAUAAAUAUUAUGUGAAAUGCUAUAGUCUCAUGAAAAGUUUUGUUUUUUUUUCUUUAUUGUACCGCACUUUUUUUCCACCACAAAUUUCUUGUACAUCAAAGAAACAGAGGAUAUAAUUAUUUGGGUUUUGUUGCUUUUUUGUUUUUUUUUUCUGCCUGGUGCUGAUUUCUAAAGGUGUUUUAUAAUAUUGUCUAGGGGAAAAAAUAAAAUGUUGCUUAAAAUUUGAA